AUGGGCGACGACAAAAUUCGGUCAACAAAGCUGAAAUUCAAAGGCGAUAAGCAGAAAAAGAAAAGGAGAAGAGAGGAUGCCGAGGAAGGAAGCUCAGACAACAAACGGCGAAAGGAAGACAAUGUCGACCCCGAUACUUGGGUAUUUCCGGAAAAUCCCAAUGAAAUUCGGGGUCCCACAUUCAUAAUCCAUCCUUCUGACCCUUCACCAAUAUCUCUAAAUUUCAGCUCUACAACAAAUCGUGUUGUGCUUCAUUUCAUUGACAAGGAAAAGUCGGAAGAUGACUCGGAACCGCAGUCUCUGCUUGAGCGUACACCGACCGACAUCUCACAGGUGUGGGUGACAACCCGAGUCGCUGGUUCACCAACGAUCAACAUACGGUCUGGUUCUGGAGAAGGCAAGUUUCUGUCUGCGAACACACUAGGCAUCGUGUCUUGCGAUAGAGAUGCUCGAGGUCCCCAAGAAGAAUGGACACCAGUCAUUAUGCCUGACGGAAUGACCGCGCUCAUGAACUCAUACGAAAAGUAUCUUGGUAUCGACGAAGUCGCAGGUGGUUCACUACAGCUCCGGGCGGAUAGUGACGAAGUAGGGUUUAAGGAGAGGUUUUGGCUUAAGAUCCAGAGCAAGUACAAAAAAGAGGCGAACGAAGAGGAAAAGACGAAGAAAGAGGGUAUGGCUGGUCCUCCUAAGAUUGACGAGUCGGCUACCAACCAUCUCUAUCAAGCGUGGGGUGCUGGACGAAGUGUUGUCUCUUCUCAUGACAAGAAAGAGCUAAAGCGCGCUCGUAAAGAGGGUAGACUGGCGGAGGCACUUCUCGAUAGACGUGCUAAACUAAAGAGUGAUCGUUUCUGCUAA